AUGGCAACAUACAAUGAGAUCCAGCAAGCCAAGAUUAGGAGGAAUGUGAUGUAUGAGCAGAUUAUUGAUACAAAGCAAAAGUUAUCAGAUGCAAGAAUGCAACUGUACCUUAUCCGUAAUCAAGUUAAGCCAGAAUUGACAGAAGCUAGGCAACAGAAUACAAUUACCUGGGAUAGCUACAAAAGGAUAGAUAAAGUGGAGAACUUUAAAAUUGAUGAUGGCCUAUUAAAACCUGAUACAGUAGCUUUUUCAGAUAUGGAUGAUGAACUGAUGACAAUGAUGGAAACUGUGGAAAUGUCUUUAGAAAGAUUUGAAUCCCGUUUGAAGCUUUACAACCAUGAAUCUCAAACAAUAUCCAAUGAAAAUCUGUUUUUUAAUCUGGAUAAGCCUUUCAAGGUAAAGUUACGCGUUAUAUGUUGUCAUAGUGGAGCAAGGAAAAUGAUGGAAAAGCUGCAACGAGCCAAACAGAAUGGUGGCACAAGGAUAUUACAGAUAGAAUCAGAAAUUGCUGAAAAAAGCAAAAUGAAGUAUAUUUCUGACAAAUUUGAAGACCUCGCCGUUCACUUUUCGCAAAAGAAACGUAGACAGGCAUAA